CUUUAGUUGAAGUGAUAGACAGCGCGUAGGUUGGUUGCCUCGCUAAAGUAUCGGCUAGCCUUACUUCGUAUGACAUCCCAAAUUUUCUACGCAGACAUCUGUUCAAAAAAUGGGAGACUGCAGAAGAGAAUUCUGCGAGAUGCCUCUAUCUGAUUCCGAUUCUAACAAUGUGGGUGAAACCUGCAAGAACUUCCGAACCAAACAUGGCUCUGUACGCCUGUGUGCUCAAGAGUACGCAAAGGACAACGCCAUACAGCGGAAGUACAACCAAUUCGUGCUCGACUUUUGCCAACUGGCUUUCAGCAGAGAGCCCGACUCGUCGCAACAGUUCCUCGACGUGGGCUGCGCGACGGGCGACUUCACGCGAGACGUCUUGCUGCCACGGUGCCUUCCCUGCCGUAGAAUCGUCGGCGUCGACUGUUCUUCAGAAAUGAUCGAGUACGCGAGACAAAAUUCGGCUCACGAGAAGCUCGAUUUCGCAGUGCUCGACAUCGAAGCUGAUGUAUCGGAGUUUCUGAAAGAGUUUGGCCAGUUUCAAAGGGUGUACUCCUUCUUUUGCCUUAACUGGGUUGAUGACAUUUCUGCUGCAUUCAAGAACAUCAGUAGACUCAUGUCAGCCACGGGCGAGUGUCUGCUUGUGUUCUGUGCGGUGUUGGAAGUUGCCGAAGUGUGGAAGGCACUCGCAGCAAUGGAUCGCUGGAGCAGCUACAAAGAGACAUUCCUGAGGUUCGUUCCUAAAACCCAGGAAGUUCGGGACACCAAAGAGCAGCUUAGUUUCCUUUCGGGACUUCUGCAAGAGGCCGGGCUAUUCCCCACUAUCAAGGAGGUCGUCGCAUCCACCGUGUUUCAAGGAUGGAGCGAGGACGACAUUCACGCGGCGUACAUGAACACCCUCCCCGUCGUCAAGUUGAUCAGCGAGCACGAGAGGCGCGAGCUCAGCGUCGUCGUCAAGGAUUUGAUUCGUACCGUACACGCACCAAACUUGCACAAAGGACGCUACAAGAUGUUCAUAGUCAAGGCAUCCAAGAUUCGCUCCUGAAGGCAGCAUCAAGCAAACUACGCCGAGGCAAUAGGAAUCAACAGUGGACAAGGGAAUCUUUUCAUCGCCUCAUGAAAUUACGGGAAAAUGCCAGCGCAGAAAUUAAUCAACAGCGAGGACAUCUGUUUUCAAUGAAAUAA